UUUGCACAUCGCACUCUGAUUCGCCUAACCCCUUUUCCCCUCACCAAACCAAACCCUAGCCCUAAUUCUCUCCAAUUCACCAGCGAUUUUCUCCAAUUCAGUGAUCUCUGCUUUCGGCAUUUUGCAUAAUUGCAUUAGGGGCUGAAGAAAGCCUGCAUGGAUUCGCAGGCGAGCAAUCUCUACGAGACGGCGUCGCAGCCGGACACCGGGAACGACGCGUACGCGUUUCUUGAAUUCAACACUCAGGGCGAGGAGGACUUCGAUUACCCUGAAUUUCAAGAACUCUCGCAGCCCAUCCGAUCGUCUACCUCCGUCUGGCCCACGCCCUCCGAUUCAAUUUCGGCCACCGAGGUUCUUCCUUCCUCCUCUGAAGCUUCACAGUCCUCCGCCAAACACCGUGACCGCGCCACUGCCAGUAAUAGUAGUAAUAGUAAUAGCAAGGAUACCGGGGUCGUGGAGGCACUAGCAGCAGGGAUGGGCGGCCUGAACUUCGAAGACACUGGCGGUGAGGACGAGGUCUUCGAGUAUGAUAAUGGAGACUUUACGGAGCAUGCUUGCAGGUAUUGCGGGGUCACGAACCCGGCUUGCGUGGUGAGGUGCAAUGUGCCAUCCUGUAGAAAAUGGUUUUGUAAUUCGCGAGGAAAUACUUCUGGUUCUCAUAUUGUCAGUCAUCUGGUAAGAGCAAAGCAUAAGGAAGUUUGUCUACACAAAGACAGUCCCUUGGGAGAAACAAUUCUCGAGUGUUACAACUGUGGUUGUCGGAACGUUUUCCUUCUUGGGUUUAUAUCUGCAAAGACAGAAAGCGUGGUUGUUCUCCUCUGUAGGGAACCCUGUUUGAGUGUUAAUGCAUUAAAGGACAUGAAUUGGGACCUGAGUCAGUGGUGCCCGCUAAUUGAUGAUAGAUGUUUCUUGCAGUGGUUAUUAAAGGUCCCAUCUGAACAAGAACAAUUGAGGGCUCGACAAAUUACUGCUCAGCAGAUAAAUAAAAUAGAAGAGCUUUGGAAAACAAAUCCGGAUGCAACUUUGGAAGAUCUUGAGAAGCCUGGCGUGGAUGAUGAGCCUCAAUCUGUAGCCUUGAAGUACGAAGAUGCUUAUCAGUAUCAAAAUGUCUUCGCACCUCUCAUCAAGCUUGAGGCAGACUAUGAUAAGAUGAUGAAAGAGUCCCAAAGCAAAGACAAUAUAACAAUUAGAUGGGAUAUUGGUCUUAACAAGAAGCGCAUUGCAUAUUUUGUCUUUCCUAAGGAAGAUAAUGAGUUACGCCUUGUACCUGGCGAUGAGUUACGCUUACGAUAUUCAGGUGAUGGAGCUCAUCCCACCUGGCAGUCCGUUGGUCAUGUGAUAAAAUUGACUGCACAAGAGGAGGUUGCUCUUGAACUUGGUACAAGUCAGGGUGCUCCUGUUGAUUUGAACCAUGGUUUCAGUGUUGACUUUGUUUGGAAGAGCACGAGUUUUGACCGGAUGCAGGGGGCCAUGAAGACUUUUGCUGUGGAUGAAACUAGUGUCAGUGGGUACAUUUAUCAUCAUCUGCUUGGCCAUGAGGUUGAGAUGCAGAUGGUUCGCAAUACUUUGCCUCGGCGAUUUGGUGCACCUGGUCUUCCAGAGCUUAAUGCAUCUCAGGUUUUUGCCGUCAAGAGUGUCCUACAAAAGCCUAUAAGUCUCAUCCAAGGUCCACCAGGAACUGGUAAAACUGUGACAUCUGCGGCAAUUGUUUAUCACAUGGCAAAACAAGGCCAGGGGCAGGUUUUGGUCUGUGCUCCAAGUAAUGUGGCUGUAGAUCAACUUGCUGAAAAGAUAAGCGCGACUGGUUUGAAGGUGGUAAGACUAUGUGCGAAAUCAAGGGAAGCUGUCAGUUCUCCUGUUGAGCAUUUGACAUUGCAUUAUCAGGUUAGACAUCUAGACACAUCUGAAAAGAGUGAACUUCACAAGUUACAGCAACUGAAAGAUGAACAAGGAGAAUUAUCCAGCAGCGACGAGAAAAAAUACAAAGCGCUCAAGCGAGCCACUGAAAGGGAGAUAUCUCAGAGUGCUGAUGUUAUUUGUUGUACAUGUGUUGGAGCUGGGGAUCCUCGGUUAGCUAAUUUUAGAUUUCGCCAGGUCCUUAUUGAUGAAUCCACCCAGUCAACAGAACCUGAGUGCCUUAUUCCAUUGGUUCUUGGGGUAAAGCAGGUUAUUCUUGUGGGAGACCACUGCCAACUUGGCCCUGUCAUUAUGUGCAAGAAAGCUGCUCGGGCUGGGUUAGCCCAAUCUCUGUUUGAGAGACUUGUGCUACUUGGUGUGAAACCGAUUAGAUUGCAGGUUCAGUAUAGGAUGCAUCCUGCUCUAUCAGAGUUUCCUUCUAAUAGCUUUUACGAAGGUACUCUCCAAAAUGGUGUGACAAUAAAUGAAAGGCAAUCACCUGGCAUUGAUUUCCCUUGGCCAGUACCAAAUCGUCCCAUGUUCUUUUAUGUCCAGAUGGGACAAGAGGAAAUAAGUUCUAGUGGAACAUCAUAUCUAAAUAGGACCGAGGCUGCAAAUGUUGAGAAAAUUGUGACCACUUUCUUGAAGAGUGGUGUUGUUCCUAGUCAGAUUGGUGUCAUUACACCUUAUGAAGGCCAACGAGCAUAUAUCGUCAAUUAUAUGUCCCGUAAUGGUGCUCUACGGCAGCAGUUAUACAAAGAAAUUGAGGCAAUUACGCAUACCAAAGAUUAUUUGAUUUUGUACAUUUCACGGGUAGCAAGUGUAGAUUCAUUUCAAGGCAGGGAAAAGGAUUAUAUAAUUUUGUCUUGUGUGAGGAGUAAUGAACAUCAGGGCAUUGGUUUCCUCAAUGAUCCACGCCGGCUUAAUGUUGCCCUGACACGAGCUCGUUAUGGUAUUGUCAUCUUGGGAAAUCCUAAGGUUCUUAGCAAGCAACCUCUUUGGAAUGGCUUAUUAACACACUAUAAGGAACAUGAGUGCUUGGUCGAAGGACCUCUGAAUAACCUAAAGCAGAGUAUGGUUCAAUUUCAGAAGCCCAAAAAGGUAUACAAUGAACGGAGACUCUUCUAUGGAGGUGGACCAGGAAUUGUUCCCAACGAUGCUUUUGGAUCUGCUGCCUCUACUCCAACUGCUGACAGGAGGGGUCCCCGCUCCAGGGGUCCUUACAUGCCACCUGGCCCACCCAAUGGUGGUGCUCAUAAGCCUGGUAUGCACCCUUCUGGUUAUGCAAUGCCUCGUGUACCGCUUUCUCCAUACCAUGGGGCCCCUCCAUCACAACCUUAUGCCAUUCCUACUCGUGGUGCGGUGCAUGGAGCUGUACCUCAAGUACCACAAACUGGAAGCCGAGGAUUUGGUUCUGGGCGUGGGAAUUCCAGUUCGCCAGUUGGCAGUCAUCUUCCACAACAGCAAGGCAUGCAAGCCCCUAUUGGAAGUGCUUCUAACUUCAAUUUCCCAUCCAUGGAGAACGCUGGUAGUCAUCCGACUGUGGCCGGACCACUAUCUCAACCUGGCUACGUUUCUAAUGGAUCGCAUGUCCCUUAUAAUGUUGCUGAGUUCUCUACCCAGGGUGGAUAUGCUGUUGACUAUGUUGCACAAGGAGCUCAAGGUGGGUUUCCUGGUAGCUUUUUAAACCAGAAUUCUCAAGCUGGAUAUGCUCGUUUUGCCCCAGGAAAUGACUACAUGUCUCAGGAGUAUAUUGCCCAAGGUUCACAAGGACUAUUUACACAGGGCGCAUUUAAUGAUCAAUCUCAAGAGGAUGCUUCCCAGAAUCACUUUGGUUUGGCAAGUGCCAAUCUUCAGUCACAGAAUCUGCUAAAUCCAAUGUAUUCACAGCCAUUUACGCACUACAACAGUCAGCCGUUAAACGUACAAAAUUCCCAGCAACAGAAUCAAUCACAGCAGGCCCAAAGUUCCCAGAAUCAUAAGCUACACUACAACGGUUGAAUUUUUAACGGGUUAUUGUCCUAGCGUGUUAGAAAUAUGGUUUGUCAAUACCAUCUGCUUCAAAGAUGGUUCUAGAAGCUUGGAAAGAUAUCGGGUUGAUUUUUGACAGAAGUUUUUGGUGGAUGAUUCUGAAACAAGGACCAGAUUUUAGUUUUUGGCUAGAAGGAGGUUAUCUCACUCGAGGAAAUUGGCUUUGGUGCAUAGCUUGAGCUGAGGAAAAAAACUGAAACCCGACUGAGUGCACAUUAAACGGGAAGUAUAAGGGCGUUGAGGAAGAAGCUGUGCUUGCUCGAUACAUAAGCCUGCAAAAGUGACAUCAUCAGCAUCAUGUCGUUUUGAGCAGCUACUGCCUGCUAUGAAGUAUCUAUACGACAUUAUGCCUGAAUAGUGGUUUGUUGCUUACUCAUCUCUCCCGACAUGUAAUAAUCAUUCGUUUUCUUAAAUUAAAACAUUUGUUAAGUUGAAUGGUGACUGUUAUAUCCCUGAGUGUUGGUGCAGGAGUAAUGCUUUUGUUUGCUAGACCUAAUAUGUUACAAUGUGAGAGAUAUAUAAUGUUUUAUGGAAAAGUUGCUUGGCUUUCGGUGUGAAUCAUCAUGUGCUUUUAUACAGAGGUUUUUUGAGUUGGUUGUUUGGUGCGUGC